AUGGCAGUACAAGAAGCUGCUGCCCUUAAGGAACAGGGCAACAAGCGCUUCGCGAGAGGUGAUUAUGGGGGCGCAGAGGGUUUGUACUCGCAGGCGAUCAUCGCCGACCCAAAAGACCCCAAGAUCUACACCAACCGAGCCCUAGCGCGCAUAAGGCUGCAGCGCUGGGAGGACGCCAUCUUGGACUGCCAGACAUGCCUCGCCCUCUCCUCGGACAACAUGAAGGCCCACUUCCUGAUCGCCCAAGCCCAGAUCGAGCUCAAGUACUUCGACGACGCCCUCGACAACGUUAAAAGAGCCCACGAACUCGCAGUCAAAACCGGCGACAAGUCCCUCGGCGCCAUAACACAGCUGGUCCUGCGGUGCAAGAAGGAGCGGUGGGACGACAAGGAGCGAAGGCGCCUGCGCGAGUCCUCGGCAUUGGAGCGCGAAGUCCUCGAGCUGCUCGACAAGGAGCGCACCCAGGCCCUGGCCGAGUGCUCGGACGAGUUCGAGCUGAAGGAUGUCACGGCCGACUGGGACGCAAAGAUUGCCGCCAUGAAGGGAACCUUCCAGCUGGCAAGGGGCGAGCAGGGCAAGCGGAGAGAGGUGCCCGACUGGGCAGUCGACGACAUCACGUUCGGCAUCCUGGUCGACCCUGUAAUCACAAAGACAGGCAAGAGCUACGAGAGGGCAAGCAUCCUCGAGCACCUCAAGCGUUCCAAGACGGAUCCCGUCACAAGGGAGCAUUUGGAUGUCUCUGACUUGCGGCCCAAUCUUGACCUGAGGGAUGCCUGCGAGGACUUUUUAGAAAACAACGGCUGGGCCGUCGACUGGUAG